UCCCAACCUCUUUUUCGCCCCAGUUCCAGUCAAGAAUGAAGGUAAGGCGCCAAGCGCAGGUGUCCCCAGCCUUCAAUCUCACGUUUCUCUUCAGGCCGUCAUCGCUUUCCCCUUGAUCUUCGUUGCCGUACUUGCCGAGCUGGCCGCCGGGAGAGGGCCGGAACUGGACGACUUCCUGGCCUCCAAGACGCCCCUGCAGCUGCAGAGGGAGCCCGACGAAUGCGACUGCAUCGAUGAGGCCAAGGAUCUCCACAGACAGCGAGAUCUCGCAUCACGGUACGGCGCAGGCAGAUCUGGGCAGAAUGCAGAGAUCUCUCAUUCGCACGGAUGCUGCUCUGUGUCUCUCGCUCUCCCUUAGCGGCAGCUUCAUGUUUCCUCGGAUGAAAGCCUUGCUCCAAACCAAAAAACGCCAGGAGCCCUGCGACUGCAUGGGUGGGAGGAGGGAAGGCGGCAAAAGCAUGGCGUGUGUGGGUUCUCGUGUAUGCAGGAGGUGCGUACGAGCAUCAUGCUGAGGACGUGGGCGGCAAGGACAGCGAAGGGACUCCCUUCGAUGCGGCCAAGAGCACGUCGGAGAACCGCUGCAUCAUGGAGUGCACGGCAAAGCACCAGCAGGCCCAUGAGUGUUGUGAGGGCUCUGCGGUCUACACAUCGUGCAAGAAAGACCUCGGGGCGGAGGCAUGCAAAAACGAUGCAGACUUCCAGGUACCAUGGGCACUUUGCAAGAGAUCUGCGUGUGUCCUGUGCCGUAUUCUCUCUCUCUCUCUCCCUUGUGUGUGUGUAUGUGUGUGUGUGUGAAUGUAUGUGUAUGUGUUUGUAGGAGAAGAGCUGUGAGGACCAGUGUGCCUCCUGGGGCCUCUGAAAAGCCCACCCCAGUAGAUAAGGUUUGUAAGUUUGCGGUGGCCAGGCAGGCGUCAGCGUCAGGUCAGCCACUGAUUGAUCGAUCCAUCGCAUACAGACAUCGUGGAUGGUGUCAGCCAGUAUACAUGAAUGUAUGUGUGUGAAUAAGGAGUAGACUUUGGAUGGAUGGAUGGAUGGACGCGAACUCACGGCAAUUACGUGGUCAAAUGACUGACAAAGAG